AAUCACUACAGUUGUAAAUGCGCUCUAUUUGGAGAGCUUUGUUAUAGAAAAUGGACAAGCUUGCUAGAACUCAGAGCCUCAGUAGCGACACAAGGAACGCCUGUACGAUGAUUCAUCCAACCAUCACGCCCUUCUUAGACCAGUGCUUUGCAGAUAUGGCUCUCAAUUCACAGGGAGGCAUUCUGGAGGUCUCAAAACCGAAAUCUAGUUGUAUGGAGCAUGUUAACGAGCGUACGUGUGACAGGUUUACUCUGGGUAUACCUUACUGUGGCUCUCAAGUGUAUUGGGAGGUGGUGUUUGAUCGCCGUCACCUUGACGACCCCCCUGAUGUCAUAUUCAGUGCUGAAGAUGAUGAAUUAAACUUUGACCCUGAUAUUGAGAAACUCACAACCCUGGCCAGAUGGAGUAGGGGAAAUUCCUGCUCGUUGUGCUCCCUGCUGGAGGAGCUGCUCUCGGAGUACAAGUCCCAUCAUCGCCUCAUAGUAGAGCAACAACAGAGACUAAAGUUUGAGCUCUCCACUCUAGAAGGCGGUGACUGUUUCUCCAAUGUGGACGUACACUGUACAAAGCCUUCAGACAAACAAUGUUUCGAACCAGUGACAAAGUUCUAUAUUCUUCUCUCAGUGGAUUUUUCUUCCAUACCAGCCUACCUGACAAAGAACAACCCUGGGAAUGAUGAGGCUGCUCUGCUGAUCACCUACCAUCCACCAGUAGGCUCCAAAGUCACCACUUCCUUGUUCCUGUCACCAAGAGUGGAAAAGAUGCUUGGUGGGAGCCAUCAGAUUCGUCUGCCCUCGUGGGGGGGAGAGAGGACCUCCCACAUUAUAGACUAUGUAGACGUGGUGCAGCGAAUACUACAAGAGAAGGUCCAGUCAAUUGUACAGAGCUAUAUCAUGAGGAAGGAGUGUGUGGCUGCUUUCCUGAGUGUGUUUGGUCAGUCUGUGCUGGAGUACGACACUGAGGACUUUAAAAUGAUGUCAUAUCUGUUUGAGCUACAAGGAUUCUCUUUCAUAGCCAGAUUUUCCUUCUCUGAUUCUUUCCCUCAAGAGAAGCCCACACUGUUCCUACAGUCUGUGUACCAUCGCUUCCACAGCAUGCCCUGUCAGUCUGAGAUCAGUGACUACCCGUACAGCCCUCGCUGGAGUGUGGAUGAGCUGGUAGACAGAAUGAGAGAGUACAUCGGGUCUAUAGCAGUUGACUUUAUGGAACUGUCUAAAACCAAGGGAGAAUGCUUGUAAUAUAUAAUUAUAGGAACUCUGUUUUUAGACAAUGCUAUUCAGCUAUUCAUUAUUAUAAUGUAUAUACCUGUGUGAUAUUCAAUGGUUUUUCAAACGUUUUUAAUAACUCACUGAACAUUGUGUAAAA